UUUAAUAAUAAUUAUUUAGCUAAGUAAAUCGAGAAAAUGUCAAUGUGUCAUUUUGCUAUUCUGUUACGUGAAACGAUAUUAUACUAUUAUCUUGAAAUGAGAAGAGGAGGGUACUCUAUUAGAUGUAUUGAUAUAUUUGGCCCUGGGAUUUGAUUGAAAGACAACGCGAGAGGUUUUUUGCAACAAUGUUAAGUUAUUUUAUUUUAUUGUUUCAUCUUGUUUUUUGUAUUUUAAUCGGUUUUGUAACAACGUCGAAGCCAUUAUCGAUUUUAUUGCUGGAACCUAUUCCAUCAACUAGUCAUCAUAUUUGGGCAGUGAAUUUGGUUAAAGGAUUGCUUCGUAAAGGUCAUCAUGUACACGUAGUAAGCAUACACGAAGUUAAGAUCGAAGGUAAACUCACGCAAAACUUAACAUACGCCGUUUUUGAUGGUAUGAUGGAAAGUUACGAAGAAGCUGAAGAUUAUAAUCCGUCUGAGUGGGAACGGUAUAGCGUACUUUAUACGGCAUAUUUUACAUAUCAGUGGGGUAUCGAUGGAUGUAACGCAAUGAUAAAAACUAAAGGAGCGCAGGAGCUUUUAGAAAUAAUCAAGACAGUCGAAUUUGAUGUUAUAGUGCAGGACAUUACUUUAACUCAAUGCCUUUAUGGAUUGUGGGAGGUUGCUAAAGGUAAACCAUCCAUAGUGGGAUAUAUUCCGUUUGGUCCUGCACCUUGGCUCAAGGAUUUUACUGGUGGUCCAAGUUAUCCGACUGUUCGACCUUACACGCAUGCAGCCAUUGCUAAACCAAUAGGUUUAUGGCUGAGAACAUUGAACACUCUAUAUUAUAUUGCGGAUAAUUUUAUACGACAUUAUUAUUUCUUGCCUAUUCUUCAACGGUUUGCUGAGGAAUACGUGGGCCACGUAAUCAGACCUUUACACGAAAUAGAAAAAGACAGAAUUAAUAUUGUAUUAAUUAAUACUCACUCUGCAUUUGAGCCUGGGAUUCCAUUGCCGCCGAAUACCUUGGAAAUUGCAGGACUGAAUGCCCAGGCCGUGCAACCAAUUGCUGGUGAAGUAGUUGAAUCGCUUCCCGAGGAUAUGCGCGUAUUUCUUGAUGAAGCAAAGAAUGGAGCUAUUGUAAUAUCGUUAGGAACAAAUGUGAAAUGGAAACCAAUCGGACUAGAAAAGAUCAAGGCUGUUAUAGUGGCUUUAUCAAAAUUAAAGCAACGAGUGUUAUGGAAACUAGAUGUUGAAAUGUUAUUUCAAAUACCGGACAAUAUAAUGAUUGUGAAAUGGAUACCACAAAGCGAAGUUCUAUCCCAUAAAAAUGUAAAAGCAAUUUGGACACACGGUGGUCUUCUCAGUACGCAGGAAGCCAUUUGGAAAGGUAUACCACUAAUCGUAAUGCCUUUUUUUAUGGAUCAAAAAUCCAAUGCACAAAUGUUAGUAGCUAAAGGCGUUGGUAUUUAUUUGGAUAUUAAAACUUUGUCCAAGCAAUCCAUAUUACACGCAGUUGAAGAAAUAUUUUAUAAUGAAAGUUAUACAAAAAACAUGAAGCAAUUAUCCAGCGAAUUCCGAGAUCGGCCAUUACCGCCGUUGGAUUUAGCUAUUUGGAGCAUUGAAUACACUGUCCGUCAUCCGAAUGGAAGUUUAGUAACACCGCUUAGGUUUCAAAGCUGGAUAGAACAAAAUCUAAUCGACGUCUAUGUAUUUUUAUUCCUCAAUUUUAUAAUAAUAUCGUUAAGUAUAUUCUUUGGAAUAAAAAUAUUGAUUAAUUUUUAUUAUGAUCGUAUACAUAUUACGUCAAAAUUGCGCAAAAACAAACAAGUGGAGACUUGCGCGUCUGUUUCCACAAUGUCAAGUUAUAUCAUUAUAUUGUUUUACGUUGUUUGUUACAUUUUAAUAAAUUUCGUGACAGUGUCAAAACCACUGUCAAUUUUAUUGAUUCAGCCUCUUCCGUCACCUAGCCAUGAUAUCUGGAUGAAUAGUAUAAUUAAAGAACUGCUUCGCAAAGGUCAUUAUGUACACGUAGUGAGCACAAUCGAGACUAAGAUUGAAAAUAAACUUGCUCAAAACUUAACAUAUGCCAUUUUUGAAAAUGAGAUGACCCCGAGUGACGAAUUUGCGGAUUAUGGUCCUGACGAGUGGGAAAAACUCAACGAAUUUUAUACGGCUUAUGCUGUAUAUGUAUGGGCCAUCGUAAAAUGUGAUAAAUUGACACAAACUAAUGCAGCGAAAGAACUUUUGGAAAUGAUCAAGACUGUCAAGUUUGAUGUAAUAGUGACGGAUAUUACUUUAAGUCAAUGUUUCUAUGGAUUGUGGGAGAUUGCCAAAGGUAACCCACCUAUAGUAGGUCUUAUUCCGUUAGGUACUCCACCAUGGUUGAAGGAUUUUAUCGGUGGUUCAAGUUAUCCAACUAUUUAUCCUUAUAUAAGUGCAAACAUUGCAAAACCUAUAGGUUUGUGGCAGAAAACAUGCAAUACUCUCUAUUAUAUCGUGGAUGAUCUCUUGCGCCAUUAUUAUUAUUUGCCUAUUGUUCAACGGACUGCUGAAAAAUACAUAGGCCACACGAUCAGGCCAUUACAUGAAAUAGAAAAAGAUAGAUUUAAUAUCCUAUUAAUAAAUAGUCAUUCUGCAUUUCAACAUGCGAUUCUAUUGCCACCGAACGCUCUGGAGACUGGAGGAUUGCAUAUUCAAGCUGCACAACUAUCUACUGGAGAUUUAACGUAUCCUGAGGGCAUGCGUAUGUUUCUUGACGAAGCAAAGAGUGGUGCCAUCGUAAUAUCGUUAGGAACAAAUGUAAAAUGGAAAACUUUCAGGCAAGACAAGAUAAAAGCGGUUCUACUGGCUUUUUCAAAAUUGAAGCAACGAGUACUUUGGAAGUUAGAUAAUGAAAUAUCAUUUCAAAUACCAAAUAACGUAAUGGUUAUGAAAUGGAUACCACAAAGAGAGGUUUUGUUUCAUAGAAAUGUAAAAGCAAUUUGGACACAUGGUGGUCUUCUUAGUACACAAGAAGCAAUCUGGGAAGGUAUACCAAUGAUUAUUACACCUUUCUUUUAUGAUCAAAAAUCUAAUGCGGAAAUAUUAGUAGCUAAAGGUGUUGGCAUACGUUUGGAUUUUAAAACUUUAUCUACACAGUCCAUACUACAUGCGAUAGAAGAAGUACUAUACAAUGAAAGUUAUACAAAAAACAUGAAACAAUUAUCCAGUGAAUUCCGAGAUCGGCCAUUACCGCCAUUAGAUUUAGCUAUUUGGAGCAUCGAAUACGUCGUCCGUCAUCCAAAUGGAAGUUUAGCAACGGCGCUUAGAUCUCAGAGUUGGGUGGAACAAAACUUGAUUGAUGUUUAUGCAUUUCUGUUUCUUAAUCUUUUCAUAAUAAUAUUUAGCAUAUUCUUUGCAAUAAAACUAUUGAUAAAGUUUUGUUAUAAUUAUAUAUACAUUGCGUCUAAAUUGCGCAAGAAAAAGCAGAUGUAACAUAUUAACAGAUAUGAUGAGUAGUUUAAUAUUGUAAGUAAUAUUAAUUCAAUCGUUUAAAUAUGGAUGAGUUGAAUGCGUACCACUGUUUAUGUUGCUCGAGUGUGGAAUUUAUGUAAUUAUUUAUAGACGUAAAAAGUAAUAUUUAAAUAUUUUACUACAUAAAUUAUAUACUCUUUUUUUGUUUUAUUUGAAACCUUUCUCUGUUUUUCGGGAUUAUGUGAAAACAAUUUUUUGACAUAUUGAUACGCAUACUGAGGAUUGGUCUGAUUCCAUUAUAUCUAUGUGACCUAUUCUUUAGAAUUUUCACAAUCGUAUCCUUUACCCUUUGCUUCCGUUUACGAGAAAAAGCCGAUUGAACGAUCCUGCUAAAACGGCCUUGUUUAGAAGAUGUACUUUGUAUCUAACGCGAUAGCUUAAGAAAAGACCAGAUCGAAGUGGUAUGAUAUUUUUCGCACUAAACUAUGAGUAUCGAAAUGUAAGGAGACAAUUGUAUGAAGAUUAAAGUAAUAAAAUAAUGUUAUAUAUUUCAACAAAUAAGUGGCUGUACAAAUGUAUUAAAAAAGCAUUGUAAUUUUUAUUAAGUGAAAGAAGUAUAAGCAGAGAUACAAAGUAGAAACAAAAAUAAAAAAAGUUUAAAGAGAAAAUAUAAAUAAUUUUCGUUUCUAUUGUCGAUUAAUUUUUGCCAUUUUGAUAAAAGAAUAUAAAAAAAUUUCAAUUUAGUUUAAAAAUAUCUUAAUCCGUAAAGUAUGUGAAGAGUUUUUUAGAAAGUUUAAAUUUUACUUUUUAUUUUUUGUUUAUAAGGAUAAAUAAUUAAAGUUAUCAAUAUAACAUUUUUUUAAUUAAUUAUACAAUUAAAAAGAAUAUUUUAUUAACAAUAUUUUAUUAACAAAAAUGGACAUAUCUGUUACCUGUUUAAGAACUUUUAAUACGAUAUAAAUUGUAUUAAUUAACUGUGUAACUUUUUAGCGUAUGAUUCGUAAGAAAUAUUUUAUUAUAUGUAAACGCCAUAUGAAUUUUAGCGAAAAAAUAUGGAAAUAAAAUGUCUGCGAGAAAAA